AUGGCGCAGCCCCAGUCGCAGGUGCCGGCGCGGGCGUUUUCGCCGCCGCAGCCCAGCCCCUCGCCCGCUGGCUCUCAGUCGGCCUAUGCGCUCCCACCAAACAAGCGAGUCGGAGCAGCUUCACAACCAGGCUCGCCGUAUCCAGCUUCACCUUACGGUGCAAGCCCGGGAGCAGCUGGCAGUCCGCCCCUCACAGCAGCUUCACCUCCCUAUGCGCAAACGCCCCCGGUGCAGCAGGGCGGAUACAACACACCCUAUGCAAACGGCGGAGCGACGCCCGUUUACAAUGUUGCUGAAGCUCGAGCUGCAGCGGCCGCAGCUGCGGCUGCAAAUGCAUCGAUUUCUCCGAUGCAACAACACCAACACAUUCCCGGAACGAUGACGGCAUACACGAAUGCAACACUCACGCCUGUUCCGCAUCAAGGCCAGCAGCAUAUGCAACAGAACAUCAUGGGGCCGCCUCAACGACCCGCGGAGCGACCGACGAAGGACUAUGAAUACGACGUUACGGAUUCGCUGGCAGGGACGGGUAUUGAUUUGCGCGCCGAGGAACAGUACAUGUCUGAACUGUAUUCCAACGCGAUGGAGGGUAACCAGGAUGCACGCACUGGAUUUGCUGUGCAACCGCCAACUGGCUCGAAUUCAUUUUACGGCGCAGGCCCUGCAAGCCAGCCUCCCGAGACGAUUAAGGACCAAUCCCAGAAAGACUACGAGGCGCAGGCUGCAGAGCGUGCUUGGACGGAAUCUUCGAUGAGACUAGCCGCCUCAAGAACGCAAGAGAUUGCGAAUCCUUUCCUUUUCGUGGCGAUUAUGCAUCGGCGAGCGGAUAAGAUUGCGCGUGAACAUCAUCUCGGACUCAACCUCGAGCUUCGUAACAAUGCGUAUGCGACUGGGAAAUUGCGCUAUCCUGAGCAGUUCCCCACCCCAUCCGUGAAUGUGAAAACCCAGCCUGGCCCAGACUCGACCACUGUCAGCACUACCGGAUCAUUCAUACCACACGACGCCUACUUGGUCGAUCAGCUUGCGCUGCUGUCCCUGAGUACCAAGCAACGAGUGCGAGAACUUAUCGAAGACGCCAAUGCGAUCGCGCUCAACAGACAAAAGACGUCACACGGGGAUGUGCCAGAAGAAUGGGCGCCCGCCGCAGCGCCUAUGAACAAGGAGUUGCUUGAAGUUGUAGAGGCGCCGAACGAAGAGGGUAGGCCCGAGUCUAGCGACGGCUCUUUGAAGCGCCCUGCCGACCAAAUGAACGGUGAACCUAGCGCAAAACCUGCGAAGCUGCCAAAAAUUUCUUCAUACAUGACAGUGACCAUGCGCGAACUGGCCAAGCAGGAGCGUGAAUGGGAAGAGGCACGGUUACGAAGACGCCAAAAGAGAAAGGAUGGCACAAUCGACACGAACACAGCUGGUUCAAGAGCGGGCAGCAUCGCACCUGGCACACCGGGCUCAGUUGCACCUGAGUCUGAGAAGACGAUGACAAAGAAGGAGCAAAAGAAGAACCAAGCAUUAAAAGCCGCCGAAGCUAAUAGCCAUGCCAACCAAAAUAUGACGAGUAGCAUGUUUGCUGGCUUGGGAGGCAAGAGUGGCUUGUUUGGUAAAAGCAAACGCAAGACGUACGACUGGAUGAAUGUCGGUCGCGGAGGCAGCGGAGCGAGCACACCCAUCAAAUCUGCAGGGGAUGGCGGCAAGGCCAUGAAUGGUAUGGUGCCGGCCUCACCAGGUAACCCAGCACUCACUACCGAAGGCCGGAAUCGUCUCGGUACAUGGCGUGAGGACAAGGAGAAGGGGAAGAACAUUCAGCUGCGCGAUUGGAUCGCAGUUCUGGAGCGAGAUGGACGAGAAGGGCCGUCGCUCCAGCAGGCAUAUUUGCGUCUUGAUUCAUCGAACCCCAAAUAG